AUGACGUCGAAUCAAUAUUUUUCAUCUUCAAAUACUUCUGAUGAUGAUGUUAUCUACAUCUGUCAUAUAAAUGAUCGUCAAUGUCAUCGUUGUCGAGCAAAACAGACUCGACUUCGUCGACAAAAACAACGACGACGUACAGCUGAACGUAUUGAACAAAUAUUGGCAUCUGAAGGACAUUACAAAGAGCAAUUACGAUUUCUUAGUAAUCGUCUUGUUUGUGUAGAAAAUGAUUCUAGUGCACAAUGGGAGGAACUUGCCGAAACCACAGGAUUACUUGCAUUGUCUAUUGCAGUUGACAUCUGA